UUUGUUAUUUCCGGUGCUAACUUUAACUGUCCCGAGUGUCGCUUCAAAAUCAGGGAGGAUGUAUCCAAUGGACAGGUCUCCGGUCCCAGUCCGAGACCCAGACUUCAUGGAGUCCAUCAGUAAAACCAUGAGAGUCCCGGACCGGCUCAGCAUGGGACUGGGCCAAGACCAGGACCAGGAUCUGAACCAGACUGAGGUCCAUCCGGUUUACAGCAUGCAGGUCCCUGACAGACUCACCUACGCAGAAGCUGCAGACCUGAGUCCCAGACCUCAGUUUGGUCCGAAGUCCAAGCCCCCGGUCCUGGAGGUGUGUGUGGAGAGCCCCCUAGAGGCCCCCCACAGAGACUCACAGCAGAGUCCCAUCCGGCGUUCGAUGAGCGACCAGAGCUUUGGGACCCCGGGGACCCACAACAGGGCCCUGGUCAUGCCUCGGCAGAAGUCCUCCUCUCGCCGUCCCGUCCGCCUCCCCUCCGUGUCGCCCCAGCCCCCUCCCGUCGCGGCCCCGCCCCCACCCCUUGGCCCCCUCUCCGCCCGCUCCCUCAUGCAGAUGGGUCUACAGGCCUCACAGCGCCUCCUGCAGGUCGUCAACAGCAAGUACAGGUUCAUGAGAGACGAGCCUCCUCCUCCUCAGACUCAGACUCAGACUCAGCUCAGACCAGAGGCGGGUCCAGGACAGGGUCAGGUGGAACGCAGCAGCAGCAGAAGGGCCAUGGAAAACUGGAGCGCGGAGGAUGAGGGCGGAGCAGCGGUGGAGCUGAUUGUGCUUCGUCGACAGGUGGUGAAGAUGAGUCGUCGUUUGGCGUCGUUGGAGCGUCACAACAGCGAGCGGCGGAGCACAGAGUUUGUUUUGUUUUGUCUGCUGGGCUCGGCGUGUUUGCUCAACGCUUGGCUCUGGAUUCGGAGAUAACCACGACGGACGACGGACGACAACGCUCCGGGUUUUUACACCACGGACACUUCCUAAGUUUGAUUAUUAUUUAACACGGAGUUUAUGGAAGUUAAAUACAAAUGUUACAGAGACGAUUUACUCCAGACUUCUCAUCUGUGUUAGGUUUGUUUUUGUUCAAUCCUGAUACAGACACUGUUAUUUUUCUUAAAAUAUAUUUUAGCCUCACUUUAGUCCUGGUGUAGACCUGGGUUUAGACCUGGGUUUAGACCUGGGUUUAGACCUGGGUUUAG